AUGUUUUGCUGCAUAGUAAAGUAUCCGCAAAUGUCUGGAAAUGGCAAAACUGUUGUAGCAUUAAUUCAGGUGAGAAGAAUCAUGUCUAUUUUGGCAGAAAAUGUUGCCACUCUGUCUGGCCAUGAAGAGCAGGUGUGGUGUGUUGCCUGGAAUCCAACAGGAACAUUAUUGGCUUCUUGUGGUGGAGAUAAAACAAUCCGGAUCUGGGGGCAGGAAGGUGAACGCUGGGUUUGCAAAUCUGUACUGACUGAUGGUCACACUCGUACCAUUCGCAGUGUUGCUUGGUCACCAUGUGGCAAUUAUUUGGCCAGUGCCAGUUUUGAUGCAACAUGUGGCAUUUGGAGCCGAAAAGGAGGAGAAUUUGAGUGUUUGGCUACUCUGGAAGGACAUGAGAAUGAAGUGAAGACUGUUGCCUGGUCCCAAAGUGGUAACUUCCUUGCAAGCUGUAGCCGUGACAAAACUGUGUGGAUUUGGGAAGUGACAGAUGAUGAAGAAUAUGAAUGUGCCAGUGUCAUCUAUGCCCAUAACCAAGAUGUCAAGCAUGUCACUUGGCAUCCAACCCAAGACAUUGUUGUGUCUAGCAGCUAUGAUGACACCAUCAAAUUUCUCAAAGAAGAUGCUGAUGAUUGGCAGACUAUAUCUGCAAGGAAUCCUUCAUUUUCAGCCAACAUAUCUGGAGCACCAUCAGUACACACACAAAUUUCUUAA